CUUCCUUACCCCAUAAUAUUUCUUUUUUCUUUUCUUUUCUUUUUUCCACCCUUUUUAUUUAUAAUUUCUCUCAAAUAUUCCAAUUCCUCGCCGAUUAAUUCGUACGCAAGUCGGGGUCGAACAUGCCGGCGCCGCCGGUUUAGUUUCCUGGGCUUUUUUUGUUUUCUUUCUACUCUCCAGAUCCGCUUAAUCGCCAUCAGGAGUUGGGGGUAGUUUGGUUCAGUUUGUUGUGACUGAAAAGAAAAAAAGAGAAGAAAAUGGAGUUGUCUGGGUUCUCCAGAUGAGAACUGAUGUUAUUGACAGUAGAAGGAGGAGGGUUCUUCUCUUCUUCAGCGUCCGGGUAUAGCAAGGGCUUGGCCCUUCUUCUGUUGGGUCAGAAGCACGAGGACAAGUCCAUGAGAGUUUCGCCGUGGAAUCAUUACCAGUUGGUAGACCAAGAACCUGAUCCUGAUCCUGACCUCCAACUGGCUUCCAUCAAGAACCGGCUUUCCCGCGGGUGCGCCUCUUUUGUCUGCUUUGGUCGCACUUCCGCCGGGCUUGACACACCGUCGCCUUUGAAAGUUGGCCCUGUUCAACAGCAGGAUGUCUUGCCAGGGUCCUUUGCUUCAGAUAAGAGUAAUGAUCAAGCAACUCAGCUUGAUGAUGGCAAUAGCGAUGCAAGAAAGGUUGUUUUCAAAAGUAGUUUGAAGAAGCAAUCACAUACUACUCAAGUUCCUCUUGAGGAUGGUAAUGACCGUGAGGUAUCAGGGGAAAAGGAUGGUGAUAUCCCGAGUCAUACAGUACGAAGAAAGGUGCAGUGGACUGAUGCUCAUGGUAGUGAGCUUGCUGAAAUCAGAGAAUUCGAACCCAGUGAAACAGGUGGAUCAGACGAUGAAUUCAGUAAUGGAAGUGAAAAAACUUGUGCAUGUACAAUCAUGUAGUUGGGCCAUUAUGUCGGAGUUUGAUGAUGCCAUCCGGUAAAAUUGCUUUCUAACAGAGCUUCAAUCUUAUAUGUUGGAAAAUGGUCAGUUGAUUUGUGGGCAAGGGAAGAAGCAAAGUGUUGUUUUUGUUGAUUCUACAUGGAAAUCAGAAUGCAACCAUUAGAGAGGAGCUUUCUUUCUGGGCCACCUUUGUUGGAUUUUCAUAUUGUGUCUAUAUAAAUAUAUAUUGAAUUUGAGAGUUCAAUUUUGCCAUCCUGCCCUGGGCUUCGCUUUCAUUUUCUUAUAUCAUGAUUAUUAUUAUUAUUCUUGUUGCACGACACUGUUGUCCAUUAUUCCUGGGUAAUUAAUGUGUUCUAUAUAUAUGUACAAUAUAUAUUCAGUUCAAUCAUGGUUAGUUGAAAAGGGUGGGUUAUAAA